AUGCUUGCAGAGGCUGACGACGAUGGCACAGAUGUAGCUAUGACUGAGUUCUCCGUAGCCGUUAACGCAGUUCUCUCCUUAUUAGGCUACUUUACUUGUGCUAGUCUUAUCAAGGAGUAUAUUCCAAUAUUCAUACAAAGGAAAAUGUAUGGGAACGAUCAGUGCAAGAAGAGCGACGAUCCUGUUCCUGAGCCUAUGGGUGUUAUCUGUGCUGCCGCGUACCUUAUUAUUAUGUUUUUAUUUAUCCCAUUUCCGUUUGCCGAGUGGCUUGGAACCGAAUCAGAGUUCCCAUAUUCGAAGUUUUUGGCGUUUUUAUCUGGCUUGAUCUCCAUUUGUACUGCAAUCUUGUUGGGAUUUGCUGAUGAUGUUCUUGACCUAAAGUGGCGCCAUAAAUUAGCUUUCCCAACGCUUUCUUCCCUGCCGGUCCUUAUGGUCUACUAUUUGGCGAGACUUUUUUCUUCCGUUCUAUCCCUCUCAACAAGUGUUUCAUAUUUUUUUGAUGUCAUCUCGAGCUCUCCAGGAGGUUCCACAACAGUUGUUAUUCCGCUAACAAUUCGCACGUUGCUUGCUCCAUUUGUGCCUUCAUGGAUAUUUCAAACAGUUCCUUCGACAAUCAAUAUCCAUUAUCUUUACUAUGUAUUUAUGUGUAUGGUUGUUGUUUUUUGCACAAACGCCAUCAACAUUUUAGCAGGCAUAAAUGGUCUUGAAAGCGGACAAGCACUAGUCAUUGCAUCAAGCGUUGUUGUUUUCAAUCUAAUUCAGGUCAAUCGUGUUGAGGAUCAACAUUGGGAUCAUAUGUUGUCACUUUAUUUCCUAAUACCUUUCUUAGCAUGUACUUUAGCACUUUAUCAGUUUAAUAAGUACCCAGCACGAGUAUUCGUUGGUGACACGUUUUGCUACUGGGCUGGGAUGACGCUAGCUGUUGUUUCGAUUCUCGGUCAUUUUAGCAAAACCAUGAUUCUCUUUCUCAUUCCACAGGUACCCAUUUGAAG